AUGCCUCUUCCUCUGGAAGCCUUUCCUGACAGCCCAGAGGAGCCUGAGAUCUCAGUGAAAAUCACCACCAAGGCCAAUCCAGUGGGUGAAAAGUCUCUGAAGCCUGACAGCCUCUGGUCCCAGCUGGAGAAGUCACUGAAGCGGCUGCAGUGGCCCCGAGUGGACCUCUUUUACCUGCACCUGCCGGACCACGGCACCCCCACGGGAGAGACGCUGCGCGCCUGCCACCAGCUGCACCAGGAGGCCAACUUUGUGGAGCUUGGCCUCUCCAGCUAUGCCGCCUGGGAAGUGGCUGAGAUCUGUACCCUGUGCAGAGCAACAACUGGGUCCUGCCCACCGUGUACCAGCUGAGGCCAGGGCUGCAGAGGCCUCUGUCUCCUGGGUGCCUGCUGAUCCCGGGUCCUCUUGGCCCCUCCCCGUGCCCUCUCCAUACCAGCCAUUCCUCUGCUCUACAGGAUGAUGGCUCCCAGGUACCCUCAGCCUGGCAAACAGGCGCCUGCUCUCUCUGGCUCUGGCUCCCCUUCCUGCCUGCUUCUCGCUCUGCAGUCAGCCUGGAACACUCCUCCCCGCUCUCCCCGGAAGGAGUGCCCAGGUCUCACUUAGAUGCCUCUUCCUCUGGAAGCCUUUCCUGACAGCCCAGAGGAGCCUGAGAUCUCAGGUCCUCCUUUUCUCCUCCUCAUUCAUUCAGCAAAUGUUUGUGCACCUACUUGCUGCCAGGCACUGGUCACAGAACUUACUAGUGUAUUAUGAUUGUCUGUUUUGUUGAGUAUGUUUGUUAACACUCUACCUCACUAUUAAAUCUCUGAGCGCAGCAGCUUUGUCCUUUGGCUUGUGGAUGGAAAUCCAAUAUCCAGG